AUAGUCCCACGACAAAGAGUUUUAACACGCUGAAUAAGUUAAGUGAUAAUAAUGGGGCAUUAUAAUUGUAUUCGAUAGCUAUAGCACAAUCUCCGAAAGAUAAAGCUAAGCUCUGCGUAAAUUUUGUCUCCCCGUUGGCCGCGGACUCCGAGAGUUCCGGCAUAUCCAAUGUCGAGCAAGCGAUCUAGACGACAUCCCAAACUAGUGCUCCAGCUUGUGCAUGUUUAUCUUCCAGGUCAAGGGACGAUAGCAAUUCACGGCCAAUCGUAUUCCAUCACGGAAUAAGCCAUCAACGUUGAGCUUCAUGCACUGAACUGCCCCGCCACCAAGAUACUGGCUCCGAAUGGAUUGCAUCACGACAAGCGGCCCUCGAUUCGCGUGGAUGUCCCUCACUUUAGCUUUAAAGCUUGCUCAAUUGAGUAUGAAUCUAUAAAGAUUCCCUGGUAGAGUUAAUUGCCGCACUCGGACAGCUGAGAUUUUUUACCUAAGAGGUACACGACGUUCACGUCGAGCUAUCUCCGAGGUGCACUUUACGAUUGUGCCACUUCCUUGCUCAUAAUAUGCUGCACAUCCUUCUUUCUUUUCUCAAACUGUAGUUCAACUUGCAAUGAAAACACCGGCGGGAAUCCUCGCAGCUUUUGCUGCCAUUGUAGCAGCUCAUGGUGAUCACAACCAGAAACCAAUCCAGGGCCCACAUCCUGGUCUUUGGUAUAAUACCCUUCCUGGAGACGGUGGAACUCAAGCCGACUCAGUCUUUUCGGGCAUUUCAACUUUCGGGCGCAUCGACUACUCGCCAUGCCUCAAAGACGAUAAGGUGACUUAUGAUAUUGCCUUCAUUGGUGCUCCCUUUGAUACUGGUACCAGUUAUCGCCCAGGAGCAAGAUUUGGACCUUCUGGCAUCCGCCAAGGUAGCAGGCGCCUAAAUUUAUAUGGAGGCUAUAAUGUGCCGCUUAAGGCGAAUCCUUUCAAUUCUUGGGCUAAGGUCAUUGACUGUGGCGAUAUUCCGGUGACCUCAUACGACAACGCAUACGCUCUUCAGCAAAUUGAAGACGGUCAUAAUUACCUGCUUUCUAGGGCUCCAAAAACUGCAGCUCACAAGAAAGGUUUCUCAAAAAAAGGCAAGACUUUGCCUCGUUUAAUCACCCUUGGAGGUGACCACACUAUCACCUUACCCUUGCUACGGAGCGUCAAUCGUGAAUACGGACCUGUAUCUGUCAUUCACUUUGACAGCCACCUAGACACCUGGAAGCCAAAAGUAUUCGGUGGAUCUCCGUCGCAGCAAGCGAGCAUUAACCACGGCACAUACUUCUAUCAUGCAUCUCAAGAAGGCUUACUUGCUAAUGACAGCAACAUCCACGCUGGCAUUCGAACGACGCUCUCUGGACCAAGUGAUUAUGAGAAUGACGGGUAUUGUGGCUUCGAGAUCGUCGAAGCCCGCGAGAUCGACACAAUCGGCAUGCACGGCAUAAUUCGAAAGAUCAAGGACCGUGUGGGAACGACAAAACCGGUGUACCUGUCGAUCGACAUUGAUACGCUAGACCCCGCCUUUGCGCCCGCUACGGGCACACCUGAGACUGGUGGCUGGUCGACAAGAGAGCUACGCACGAUCAUCCGAGGUCUCGAGGGGAUCAACCUUAUCGCAGCAGAUAUCGUCGAAGUUGCGCCCGCCUACGAUACUAAUGCUGAGCAUACUACAAUGGCCGCAGCCGAUGUUUUGUACGAGGUCAUGACUCUCAUGGUCAAGAAAGGACCACUGAGCAUUGAGCAAGAUGACAUGGACGUCGAACUGUAGUUCGUGCCGUUGUUUGAUUUAAGCUAAGGUUUACGUCUUAGACUAGUGUCUCAGAUGUCCGCAGUAUCAAGGCAUCGGACAUCACGAUCAUCGUCAGUGGUGCACAGGAUGGACAUUGAAAUGUAAAUAACUAAAAGUGCAGAUCAGAUGAGAUUGGAGCAAAAAGAAAAGAACCCCAUAAAAAACAGCCAUAUAUGGCUCAUACCAGAGAAGCAUUCCCUCAUUUUAUCAUUAAUUUUUCCGGUUAUCAUCAUCGACUCGUGACAAUGCUUUUCGUUUUAGAUUUGGCAUAUAGACCACACAUAACUUUUGUUUUGCUUUUAGAGGAAUACCGAAGUUACAGAUAUCACAGAGUAUUUUAUCCA